UACUUGAAGAGUUGUCGCCGGAAAUAGAGGAAGGAGAAAAUACCAUUCGUAAACUGUCACCGGCAAUUUUUAUCGUCUCGUCUCGCUGUUAGCUUCAGGUUCGUGAUUCGUGAAGAACAAGUUGAAGAGCAAAGAAAAGAAAGAAAGAAUCAAUGCUAAGCAGAGGUGGAUUUUUGUCAUUUCAAUGUCCAUCAGCAGCAGCGGUUUUCAAUACAGCCCCUCAGAAUUCCAAUUCCUGUUUUCUAUGUCAUUCGGUCAAAAUUCAUGGAGGUCACUUCUCCUCUAUCCUCCUCCAACGGCAACAUUUCCUCUCUCGUGAUGCUUUUACUCAUUUGAGGCACGAUUUAUCCGUUUCUUCCUCCAAAAGUAGCAAUGACGUCCUUCUGGAAACGGAAGGAUUUGCAGGUGAGGACGAAUGGAAAGAUGAAGAUGAUGAAGACGACGACGACGACGAAAUAGAUAUACCGUUAAUGAACAUGAAGAAUUGGCUUAAGAACAAGCCAAGCGGAUUUGGUGAUGGCAAGGUUUAUGAUACUUCGAUUGAAGACAAGCUGUUCGACGAAAUGGAACAGAGCAGACAAGCCCUGCUUUCCAAUAAAAAUAAGCUCAAAAGUGAAGCAAGCAACCCUAACGCCCAGAAAGUGCCUCAGAAACUGAAAGGGCUUGCAGCCAAAGAAGAAGAGCCCAUUCAAACUGGGAUUUGUGUACGUUUGGUCAACCUUCCCAAGAAGAAGAACAUCCAUAGGGAUCUGCAGUUGGCUUUCAAAGGGGUUCCUGGAAUCCUCAACAUAGUUCCAGCAAAUGAUGGCAACAAAAAGACUAGAGACCCUAUCUGCAAGGGCUUUGCCUUUGUCUAUCUUCAUUCUGAGGCACAUGCCAAAAAGUUUGUGCAACUAUUUUCGGAACAAGAUAUAUCUUUUGGUAAGAUCCAAAAGAAGAUCACCCUUGAGAUAAUUGAUCCAAAUUCCCUGAAAUCUAAUGAUACUAUAGAGAAGUUGCCAGUGAAAGGAAAAUCUAAUGAUACUAUAGGGAAGUUGCCAGUGAAAGAUAAAUCUUAUGCUUCUCAAUCAUCAUCCAGUUUAAAAGGAGAUGUUAGUAUUGAUUUUGAAUCUGUUGUGGAGGACAUCCCUGAAGAAGAUUUGGAAGCUUUCGAUUUCUCUGAUGUUGAUGAUGAUGAUGAUGAAGAAGAACCAAAAACCACACAAAAGAAGACUGCCACCAUUUCUACGCCCGCAAGAAAAUCUCAAGAACCAGCAAAAAAGGGUAAUCCUAAGAAGCCUAUGGCUAAGAAGAAAGCGCAGAAACAACCACAACUUAAUAUACCCGGAUCUGCAAAUAGGUUAAAGUUCAGAGAGAAAGCAGUUCUAACAGGAGUAUACUCCAAAUAUGGAGGUCAAGCUGCUUCAGAAAAAUAGAGCUAGCCAUUUGUUCUUCUCAACUCAGAUACUUCUUUUUGUUAUAUGUAUGUACUAAUUAUAUUUAUCCAAUUUAUAUUAGUAAUUUAAUGUUUAUU